AUGUGCCCAUCAUCUAUUCCUGUAAAGGUUGUUCUUCUUGGAUCUGGUGCUGUUGGAAAGACUUGCAUAGCCACUCGAUAUGUACGUGGAAAUUUUUUGAACUCGACAGUUUCUACGGUCGGAGCAUCAUAUUAUACAAAAACUUUCGUCAUAGGACAGGAUCAAUACGACUUUAACAUAUGGGAUACUGCUGGGCAAGAACUAUAUCGUAGUUUGACACCAAUGUAUUACAGAAAUGCACAUGCAGCACUCAUCGUUUUCGACGUUACAAGCAGGUCAAGCUUUGAAGACGCAGAAACAUGGAUUAAAGAUCUGCUCGAUAUCAAUGAAGGCGUUUUCGCAAUUUUGAUCGCAAAUAAAAUCGAUCUUGAUAGAAUUAUUGAAGAAUCAGAAGGACAGAAAUUAGCAGAUAAAUACGGACUUUUGUAUGUAGAAACUAGUGCUUGCACUGGAGUUGGAAUUGACAAAGCAUUUCAAAUGAUUAUUCAACAAAUUCAAAAUUCUGAUAAACUCAAAUCAAAGCUACAUAAGAAUUCACCAGCUACUCAAGGAAAUGAAGCGAAACCAAGUGAUAAAGAAUCAGGAUGCUGUUAA